CACUCGCUCCCUCCCUUCUGCUCCGCCAAUCACGCGUUGCGGCAUCUCCCUUCGCUCCCCCAAUCACGCCGCACACGGCAUCCCCAUCCCUGCACCCAAACCCACUCCCUGACCCAUCCCUGCAACAAUCCCUGAGCUCCCCGUCCCCGUUUCCUGUGGCUGCUUGUGCCGCCGCUCCCCAUCCCAGGGGUCGCUCGCUCACCCGUGUACGUCGACGCUUUCCAUCCCUGCUCCCUGCGCCCGCAUACGCCGCCGCUUCCCGUCCCCGCUACCUGCGGCCGCACACGCCGCCACUCCCUGUCCCUGCACCCCAUGUCACCGUCGUAACACCAUCCCCAUCGGCCAUCGCUCCUCUCCUAAAUCCAAAUCUCAUGGCCAUCCACCAGGAUCGAUGAAUCCGAUCCUAUCGACCGAGGAUGUCGUACGCCUAUCGCCUACCUUUUCAAGUACACCAUCAUCGGCAACACAGGCGUGGAGAACUCGUGCCUGCUGCUAAAGUUCACGGACAAGCGCUUCCAGCCCAUGCACGACCUCAACAUCAGCGUCAAAUUCAGCACCCGCAUGAUCACCAUCGACAGCAAGCCCUUCAAGCUCCAAAUUUGGGACAUGGAAGUCCUGCUCCUCCCUUUCAUUCCUUUUUUUUCUGUCCUCUUCGUGGUGUCGUUUAGGCAGGGUGCGACAAUAGCAGUUCUAAGCAAGUAUUGGCCAUUGGGAUCCUUAAUUGACUAUGAUAUUUGUGUUCCUCUUGCGGUUUGCAGGUACUGACUUGAUAAAGCUACGAUUUUGGAAUCACAUAGGCUCUGCAGUUCUGCAACAUGCAGCCACUCUGUGCAAAAUUGUGUUAUUCUUUGCAGACAAUUUUCAAUUUUUCUUUUUCAAGUAGGAUACCCUGCUUUUAUAUAAACUGGUUUACAAAAACAUCCCAAACAUAGGCUGCCGCUAUCAAAUCAAUCAGCAUCUGUCAAGGUAGUGGCAUAGCACUAGACCCCAACAAGCUAUUUAUCUGAUGCUCAUGUGUUACAUUGCAGAUUGCAUAUGUAGGUCUUCUAAUCCUAUUAAGUUCUUGUGUGAUUAUCUAAUAAUUUUUGGUCAAUUAAUGAAUACCACACACACCCUUUCACAUUUAAUGACACAAUGUAUCAUUUUCAGUCCUAUGAAGUGUCUAGCUGUUUUUUGUUCGUGAUAGAUCUCAUGUGUGAUAGAUAUAAUGCAUUAGUUGUAUAAAAACACUUUAACAAAUAUGCACUAUAAGAGGCAUUGUGUCCGGUCAAAACUGAUAAAAUACAUAGAUGCAGUUUUCUCUGAGAGAGGAAGAUGGAGUUAUCCUUUUGAAGCCAUAUACAUUAAAAAAAAUCAUGAGCAUUAGCUGUCAGUGCUUAGGUUUCUUUGCCCUAUGCAAGUGUUACGAAUAUAUAUAAUUUUGGAUUACCUAAAGCACCUUCUCUUUGGCAUGUAACUUUAAAUGAUUUUGUCUGGCAUAGAUAGAUGUUCGGGUUUCAAUUAUAUCAGUUUCAUUGUAUCAUAUGGUAACAUAUUAUUUGUGAUAGUUUAAGAUAUUUGAUUCAUUAUUUAUCAUAGAUUUUCUAUACAAUUUAGGCUGCAGACAUUCUUAGACCGGCCAGCAACCUGGUCUAUCAACACGAUCAACUAAACAUCAAGUUUGAGGUAUGCGUAUUUUUUCAUUUACAUACAGAUUUCUUUUAUGAUACUAAUCACCAUCCUAGCUUAGUACAACUAAAUUUGAUGCAUGUUUAACAGUGCAGAACCUGUUGAAUGUUACAAUGCCUCCAGUUUUUUUACUACUUUCGGUCUGCACUUUAGAUGCUACAGUAACUUAGCAAAUGUCUUUGUGGACACUUUCGAACAUUGUCAAUUAAAUCAUACUUGGUCUGCUUGUACCCACUGUUUCACUAGCUACAUGACAUUUGACAUAUUUAAAUAAUUUAAAGUUUAUAUUUUUUAAGACUUAUGCCUACUCGUUGCUAUUCGGUUCCAAAUCUCAAGGCUUUUGCACUGUCUAUAAAUUUUCGCCUACUCGUUGUUAUCUACCCUACCCCGCAGCCACGACCCACGACCGUUGACAUCACUGGACCAUGAUGCCUCCUCCUUGCCCUUCCUGGCUGCCUCCUCAUUCUCCUUGCUGAUGUUGGAGGCCUGCCCCUGCCUCGUCACACUCAAUCCACCACCCUCUGCCAUCCUGCAUCUCGCUGCCUCGUGUCGCCACCAUGUGCCAGGUGCUCAUGUUUUCAUCGUGCCCUUUGUCGGAGAUGAGCACCCAACAGGUAUCCCCACCCUUCUCUUCCCUUCGUGCUGUGCCAAACCGGGCACCUGAACAGGUCUUCGUCAGGCCCUUCGAUGAUUUCACUUCUUCUUUUACUAUGGAAUAAAUUUAUCUUUCUGAAACAGUGAUUUUGUUUGGUAUAAAGAGAAAAUGAUCAGUGCCAACUGCUGAUUUUUUUUGCUUAUCUAAAAAGUCAGAGUAUUCAACUCAAAAUAAGAUAGAUCUUAUUUUGUGCCAGUUGUAUCAUUUGUACUAUUGCAGGUAUCUUAGGACACUUAGUGGUGUUCUUCUAUCUAUGCUUAUAAGUUUUUCGGUUAAGUUGCUAGAGAGCCUGUUUAAUAUUUUUUUUAACAAUUUUUGUUUUUUGAGGGAGUUUGAUGCAUAGAUAACAGUUGAUCUGAAUAUGUCAUUUUUUCUUUUUAUCCUAGAACUCCAAGACCAUUAUGAAAGGUUGAACAAGAUUAGAAGAAAGGCAUGAAAAAAAACAUAGAGAUAAGUAUCAUCAGAGAAGGCAGAAUCUACACUAGCUGCUGGGUUGAGUGGUCCACCACAAACAAAUUUUAACAAACCUACAUAGAAUAAACAUUUGCUCUCAUAUAGAUAAAUUAUCAUUAUUAUAUUAUUAUAUAAACAUAUGUUGGGGUUGAAUCGUACAAGGAAAACACGAAUGCCACCAUGUUUUAAAGGGACAGGGAAAAGGCACGAUUGGCAGCAAUGGCUCUAGAAGAGUGAAAUGAAAAUAAUAGAAAGCAUCGUGAACAAUAUCAUUGGAAAAGAGUUGGUAAACCUGAUUUUUCUUUUUUGAAUUCAGUUUUACUAUUUUUUAGUUUAUAUUUAGUUGUGAACAAUAUCAACGUGAACAAAUUUUUAGUUUUACCAAAAAAAUCCAAAGGUACAAUAUCUCCUAAACAAAGGGCACUACUGAAUAAGAGAUGACGUGAAUUGUAUGCAUAAAAAAUGCACCAAAAACGUCUGCAAAAAUGCUACAAAUGACUACAGAGUAGAGUUUGUAGGCUUGCGAUGUCACACGCUCUAUGACUGUGUUAAUUUCAUAAACUUUGUUUUUUUUAAUUAAAUUUCACUUUAAUAUUGAUAUUUAAUUUGUACAGUAUUGUUAUCUUGUCGUGUGAUCUGUGUGUUUUUAGUAUAAAAUGUUAGUUAUCCCGUAGCAACGCACGGGCACGCUACCUAGUAUAUAUUUCAAAGCAAGAAUCCAACUUGCAAUUUCCACACUAGGGUGGGAGCAUACCCCUUAUCCUACCGUUCAUUUUGUUCCGUGGUUCGUGUAGGUCAUAAAAAUCAAUUAUAAAAAACAGUUCCACACUAAUUUUAAACAUACUAGGACAUGGAUUUUAGAGCACUCUAGCACGAAUCUUAAUAUCAAAUGGAUGACCGUUGUGGUUUGAAUUUACUGGCAAGAAUCUUACUGUUUGCUGCAAUGAUAUGGUACCACAACCACGCUGCCUUGUUCGUUUGGCUGAUAAGUCAUGGCAGAAAGUACUCUUGCCUGAUUUAUUGUGUGUACUGCUGAAUGGCUGACAGAUUCGGCUAAUAAGUUUAAACGAAACUAAAAUUACUGUUGGCUGAUUUAUUGUAAGAGGCAGAAAACGUCCUUUGGAUCAGAAAGUCACUAGUCAUGCCAUAGCUGGCUCCUGGCUGUGCCAGGCUUCAUCAUGGCGUCUACACGAACAAUCGUACGUGUCCCUUAAAUCUGAAGCGCCCCACACCCAGUUCAUGCUAUACACACACUGAAAGCAUCAGAGGAAGCACAGCAGCAGGUUGGUGGUGGCCAUGGCAUUCUCUGGCCUCAUUCCCGCCGUGCUGCUGCUCUCCCUCUCCCUCUCCCUGUUCUCUCACGCCAGCAAACCGUGCGUGGAGCAGGAGAAAGCCUCCCUCCUCCAGUUUCUCGCCGGCCUGACGAGGGACAGCGGCCUUGCCGUGUCGUGGCACAAGCACAACGGCACGGCAGACUGCUGUUCAUGGGACGGCGUCACCUGCGACACGAACGGGACGGUCGUCGAGGUCUCGCUGGCCGUCAGAGGCCUCGAAGGGCAUAUCUCGCCGGCUCUUGGUGACCUCACCGGACUGCGGCGCCUCAACCUCUCCCACAACUCGCUGUCCGGUGACCUGCCGCUCGAGCGGCUCGUGUCCGCCGGCAGGGUUGUCGUCGUCGACGUCAGCUUCAACCGCCUCAGCGGAGAGCUAGGCGAGCUGCCACUGCCACUGCCAGCAGCAUCAUCGUCUUCGGCCACCCACGGCCGCCCGCUGCCGCUGCCGUUGCAGGCGCUGAACGUCUCCAGCAACAUGUUCACCGGAGAUUUCCCAUCGAGCUCAUGGAACCUGACGCCAAAUCUGGUGGUGCUCAACGCCAGCAACAACAGCUUUAGCGGGCAGGUGCCGUCUUCUUUCUGCCUUGCAUCACCAUCCUCCUCCAUUGCUGUGCUUGACCUCCAGUACAACAAGUUCAGUGGCGCCAUCCCGCCUGCGCUUGGCAAUUGCUCCAUGCUCAGGGUGCUCAGGAUUGGUCACAACAAUCUGUCAGGGACUAUCCCGGAUGAACUCUUCAAAUCUACCUCCCUGCUAGAGCGCCUCGGACUUCGCAACGCUGGGCUACGAGGAACACUUGAUGGUGCACACGUGGCCAAGCUCACUGCCAUGGUUGCUCUAGACCUUGGAGAGAACAAUUUCACCGGCAAGGUUCCAGAAUCCAUAGGCCAGCUCAGGAGAUUGGAGGAGCUCCUUUUGGACUACAACCAGAUGUCUGGGGAGCUGCCACCGAGUCUUUGCAACUGUACAAGCCUCACAAACAUUAACAUCAAGAACAACAACUUUGGUGGAGAGCUCAGCAGUGUCAACUUUGCCACACUGCAAAAUCUAAAACGAUUAGAUGUUGCAGCAAACAACUUCACCGGUACGAUCCCGGAAAGCAUCUACUCCUGCACAAAUUUGAUGGCGCUGCGAGUGUCUGGGAACAAUUUACAUGGUGAGCUCUCUCCAAGGAUACUCAACCUCAAGUCCCUCACCUUCCUAUCACUUUAUUACAACAACUUCACAAACAUCACAAAGGCAUUUCAGAUCCUAAAGAGCUCUAGUAGUAUCAGGACCUUGCUUGUGGGCAAGAAUUUCAUGCGUGAAGCCAUGCCACAGGACCAAACCAUGGAUGGUUUUGGAAAUCUGCAAGCUCUUGGAAUACAUCACUGCUCAUUAACUGGGAAGAUACCAACAUGGGUGUCAAAACUCAGAAACCUCGAGGUAUUGCUUCUAAGCCACAACCGAUUGGAAGGACAGAUACCAAGCUGGAUCAAGGACCUAAACCGUCUCUCAUAUCUGGACCUAUCAAAUAACAGCCUUUCUGGGAAGCUUCCAACAGAACUAUUGCAUAUGACAAUGCUUAAAUCAAUCAAGCCUGCAGCUCAUUUGGAUCCAGGUUUUUUUGCCAUGCCUAUUUAUAUCAGUAUUUCGCAUCCAUACCGCCAGGCCAGUGCUUUCCCUAAAGUGCUGGACUUGAGCAACAAUGACUUCACUGGGAGGAUCCCUGGAGACAUUGGUCAGUUAGAAGCGCUCAAUACACUCAACCUAAGCUUCAACAGAUUGGAUGGAGAAAUCCCACAUUCUCUCUGUAACCUCACCAACCUGCAGUUUCUAGAUUUAUCCAGCAAUCUUCUAACCGGUGAGAUCCCAGCGGCUCUGAAAAAACUGCAUUUCCUUUCCAUGUUCAACGUCUCUAACAAUGACCUGGAAGGGCCUGUUCCAACAGAAGGGCAACUAAGUACAUUUCCAAAUUCUAGUUUUGAUGGCAACCCAAAGCUCUGUGGCUCUAUGCUUACUCAUCGGUGUAAUCCUAAUUAUCCUAUAGAAGCAGCUCCAACAUCCAUUGUGAUCACAAGAGACUGCAGCGAGAAGAUCAUUUUCGCCGUCGCCUUUGCUGUGUCCUUUGGACUGGGAGUGCUAUACGACCAGCUAGUUCUCUCCACAUUUAGCUGCUGCUUUCAGUCGUAAUUCGUGCAACCUCGUGUAUUUGGAACAGGUUGAGCUGAACCCAGCAAAGUUAAUUAAGGAUAUAUCAAUAGACAAUAGCUUGUUCUCAAUCAUUCCCGUCUUGAUACAGUGUCAUCCAUGCUUGCUCAUUAUUAUCCACGUCAGGUUUCACGGAUUUGAAUCCACCUGCAAUUGGCUCUUAAUUUUCAAGUGUUUUAAAAAACACGUGUGGUUGGUUUAUCGAAACGUGUAUUAUUCAUUUAAUCUGUUCUAGCAAGCAUGCUUCAAAAUUUAUUGAAGGAUUGGAUAACUUGCUA